GACCUGACGUCCUUGGAAGUGAUCUCAGUUUUGUGAAGCCAAAUCAGUCUCACUCACCGGUGUCAAUCUGCAGCCUUCCCACGUGGUCAGCAGGGCGGGCGCAUCUCAACCAGUUGAAAGCGCAACUUUUUAGAAAGGCAAACAACUGGAUCCAUUGGUAGUUGCACUUGCGCAUCCAUUUAGGAUACUCCCAAACAGGAAACAACGACCUGCAUGUCAGGAGCGCCUCUGCUGUAGUUGGCAUCUAGAUCACUCCCAUCUGUGCACGGCGUAAACCCGGUGCGCACUGGUCCUGCCUCUUAUUCCAAGACUAAUUUAAGGCAACGCUUUGAACCGUGAUCUGAAUGUGUUAGGUGCGCCGCUUAGUUAGUCCGCGGAAUCCGAUUACACGUUGGCUGCAGAGCUACAUCAACAAAACAAGCUGUUUUGGUUAUUUUCUCUUAAGCGAGGGGACUUUGAAGCAGGAUCACAGCAUGGAUACAGCCAGAGACUCCAGUGGAGAAAGUAAACCGGUGUGUCAGUGUGCCCCCAAGUCCGCGGUCCAGCGAUGGCUGCCAGGGUUUCCCAUCUUUCUGUGCUCGCUGAUGUGCGUGAGCUCCAUCACCGUGUGUCUGCUGAUGAGCUUCAAGACGUACCAGCUGGAGAACCGACUGCAGAAGGAGAUGGACAAAGCGACCGUCUUCCAGCCCCCGCACAUGGCUUUCCUAAACGAGGACGGGACCCUUAUCUCAGAGCUGAGCACCCCGAUAGGGCAGCUCGUGGAAGAGAAAGUGGUGGCUCUGAUGCCCAAGCUGCGGACAGCGCGAGACGUUGGCCAGGAGUGCUCCUGUCCUCCAGGACCUCCAGGAAAACGUGGACGCAUGGGAAGAAGAGGGGAUCCUGGGCCUCCUGGCAAGGCUGGACGGGAUGGAUACCCGGGUCCGCUCGGCAUGGAUGGAAAACCGGGUUUACCAGGUCUCAAGGGAAGCCAGGGACCAGCCGGACCCAAAGGAGAAAAGGGUGACCAAGGAGACACUGGGCCAAGGAUGGUCUUUCCUAGGUAUGACCAUAGCUUUAUCUCCGGAGAUCAGUCCAGCAGCUUUCAGAGACGCUUACUGAAGGGUGAUCAAGGCCAAGCUGGACCCGCUGGUCCUCCCGGUCCCCCAGGUCCCCCUGGUCCCCGUGGCCCCCCUGGGAACACUGGCAAGGAUGGUCCUCGUGGUCCUGCUGGAGAGCCAGGUUUUCCAGGUCGUGAUGGCUCUGAGGGGCCACAAGGAUUACCAGGGAAGCCGGGAGAGGACGGUGAGCCCGGCUAUCCAGGAACACAGGGUCCUCCGGGGACGAAGGGUGAGCCGGGUUUUGGACAAAAAGGAGAAAGAGGCUCAGAUGGACUUCCAGGCUACAAGGGUGACAAAGGAGAAGCAGGAGAGCAAGGACCACAGGGACCCGCGGGUUAUCCUGGUGAGAAAGGUGUCCCGGGCUCCUCAGACAUCCUUGACAUCAAUGGGAAGCUUCUAGAUGCUCUCCAGGCCAUCAAAACCAUCAGCGUCUCGGGCCCACCUGGUCCACCCGGACCCCCUGGACUUCCAGGAGAGAAGGGUGAGCUUGGUUUACCUGGGCCAGCAGGAAUUGAUGGGGAAAAGGGACCCAAAGGUGACUUGGGUGAAGCUGGACCUCCUGGUGCUAGAGGAGAGAAAGGCGAGAUGGGUCUCUCUGGGCCAGCUGGUAUGGAUGGACAGAAGGGAGAAAAAGGCGACUGCAGGCUGGACGACAACCUGAUUCAGAUGAUUUCCCAGCCAGGCCCACCAGGCCCACCUGGCCCACAAGGAGUACCUGGGUCUCCUGGUUCGAUGGGGCUGCACGGGAUGCCUGGUCCUAAGGGCGAGCCGGGACUCGGGAUGAAGGGAGAGAAGGGGGACGCUGGUUCUCCAGGACUCAGAGGGUCAGACGGCCACCAGGGUCCGCCUGGGUCUGCAGGGUUGGUGGGUCUUCCAGGUGCCAAGGGAGAAAAGGGCAGAAUGGGUGAGGCCGGACUAGAUGGUUUCCCAGGACUGAGAGGAGAAAAAGGUGACAGAGGGGAAAGAGGAGAUAAGGGUGACAGAGGAUUACCAGGGAAGAAAGGUCUAAAGGGCAACAAGGGAGAACAAGGUCCUCCAGGUCUGGACCAGCCUUGUCCUGUGGGUUGUGAUGAGUCUAAAGGCCUGUCUGUGAAGGCAGGGCUUCCUACCCCUCAAACUCCUCCUCUUCCUCCUUCGGGCCCUGAGGCCCCCUGUCCUGUGGGCCAUGAUGGGCUACCUAUACCAGGUUGCUGGCACAAGUGAUGACUAACCAGCAGCAUGGAAUCUGUACAUAUUGAUAUGGUAUAUAUUGAAUACUACGCCAACAACCUCCUGCUCCCUUUUUUCCUUUACUUUUUAUAAAAUUGUAUGACAUAAUAUAUUGAGAAUCUGAGAAGAAGGACUUUUUUUUUUUUUUUUUUGGGUCUACACUAUUAGAAAAAAAAACGUUUUCAAACUCGAGAUCCGGUGCUAUCGCUUUUGAAGAGACAGUGGGACUGGCAGUGGGACUCUUGUUGGGAUGUUGGGAUUGCCUUACUAACAGAGUUUGACCUAAUCCUGAAGGGGAAUGUCGGUGUGUGCACUCAUCGCAGUCUCACUCGUGGAUGGAAGGACGGACGUAUUUCUCGGCACAGGAGGCGUGUUGUCAGUACUCUUCUUGUCCUCUCUCUGUUUUUCAAAAGGAGGAAAUGGCGAGGCAGAAGCUCAAGCGCAAGCGCCUCUCUCAGCCCUGAAGAGGGCGCAGGGCCUGGUGGAGAAAGGACACACAAGCAGGCAGAAAGCUCCGGGGGCAGAUUGGCUUUCAUGAAGCAGAGCUAGUGUGCCAUGUGACGCCUCUGUGUCACACUGAACACUCAGAUUCCUCCGCUACAGAAACUCUCCAGGAGGGGGCGACAGAGAACACUGCAUUUCCACAUUCUUCUCAGAAGGAAAGACACAAACCUGUUGCUGACGAUGUUGCUCCACAGCUUGAGAAACAGUUAUUUGGGAGUCCCUGAUGUCGCUGGCACAUAAGGAAGGAUUUACUGUGUAGAUACGUUGAACAUGUUAUGAUGAUCUCUUGUAUGAUUCUUUUGUAAAGGUCUUCACUUAUUAGCGCAUGAGCUUAACAGGAUACUGUGUUGUAUGCUGUUUAGCAUCCCGACAACUUGUACGACCUGUGGUUCCUCGUGGGAGCCUCAAACGAUUUAAUUUUAUAUAAGCGCUCUUUACAUAUGAACAAGUCUCUCAGACAUGUCGGUAAGCCUAGCUUUUCACGGCUUACCACCUUUAUUUCAUCUUGGUAUAUUCUGUUAACCUGUUGCCCCCC